AUGGCGGGUCUCAGGCAUCCAAACCAUGCCUCCUCACUGAGAAGCUCCACUGCAUCACGGAAGAGUAUGUUUCGUCUCAGCCGAGAGUGUGAGCUCCACCCAUUCUGGAAGAGGAGGAAGAAAGAGACUCAAGUUGUGCCUUUUAUUGCGUCGACGCAUCCCUUCCCCUGCAACAUCGGACGCCCACGGAGAAGCUUAGACGGCACCAGUCUCACUUCCGUAAGCGUAGAGGAGCCAUGGAGGACGUGUGGUCUUGGGUCGCCGCUCUCCCUGAGCCAUCGCGAUGGCCUUCCGCCCCUCCGUCUCUUGUUCUUGCGUCAGCCGACGAAAAGACGAUCUGCCUCGCAGCCGACCGCACCGCCGGCUCCGGCGCGGAGACCCUCCUCACCUUCUCCAUCACACUCCACGAUUUCCAUCCCUCCAACACCUCUCGUGCCCUAUGGCUGUCGGAUCCCGUAUCCCCUUCAUCCCCUCAUAUCCCUCUCCUCCUCCAGCUCCUCCGUGAGAGUAUCUCCAGCGAUCAAGUUCGACCAGGAAUCCGUUUCGGGUGCCCUCGGUGGUGACGAGCAGACUGCAUCUUUCUUCUCCCUCGUUUUCUUCCUCCGGCUUUUCUGGACUUGCGCCACUGAAGCUCCUGCCGACGCCGGCUUCCUGUUCUUCCGAGCUCUUGACUCCCCCUUCGAGCAAGCCCUCGGCUGCCGGAUCGCUCUACGUGGCGUCCUCCUUUCCCUCGGGCCGGACGUCGAGGAGCGCUUCAUGCGCUCCCUCGGCUACAUGCUCACCAAGUGGUGCAUCCUCCGCGAGCUUCAGGGCGGCGACCCUAGAGGCCUUCUCCCGGUCGGCUGCUGCCCCUCCUACGCCGCAGAGAGGCACGGGCUUUGGGUCCUGAAGGGCUUCGCUCCGGUGCCGGCCAUGGCCCGGUUUGGUUCCAGCGGCUCGACCGGCAGCCCGAACCUGGAGCCGAGGGACUCCGUGCUGCGCUACACCUUGGCCGACCAGCAGCUCGAAGCCGUGGUACAAUUAGAGUCCAGGGUCUGCAUGCGAGACCCGCGGUUUAUCCGGGUGAGCGUGCGUGUCGACAGUGUACGGCUCAACGUGGUCCGGCACCGGUUCGGGAGGCGAAAAGAAGUGGAUGACGGCGUCCUGGAGGCCGAACGGCACUUCCCGUCGCGGGCCCGGGUGUGGGUGGGGCCGGAACUGGGGUCGAGCUACGCCACCGGCCCGAGCCUGGGCCGGUCGAGUGGGAACCCGGAGCAGGAGGUGGAGGCGACGCGUACGGUGAAGGGGCGGUUCGGGGAAGGGAAGGCGGCCGGCGUGAAGGCGACGGCACGCACGGCGACGAGGGCGCGGGGGCGCAGCUGGCUGUGGGAGCAGGAGGCGGAGGGCGGCGCGGGCGUGUUCGAUGGGGUGCUCCACGACGGCGCCACGGGGGCGGAGGUGGCGGCGUCGAGGCCAGAAAUCGGCGCGGGCGGCGGCGAAGCGGACCGGAGGGCAGGGAUGAGGCUGAGGUACAGCGGGUCGGGGAGGGCGUUCAGCAAGGCGGGCGGGGUGGUGGUGGCAGGGGACGAGCUGCCGGAGACGAUAGAGUGGAGGGUGGGAAGGGAGAUGGAGGGGAGGGUGGUGAGGUGGAGACUCGGGGUCCGCGUGUGGGUCAGUUACUUCGCCAAUGAGGUGAAGACGGGCUACUGCGAGACGAGGAGCGUGGAGUGGCGGGAGGAGGUGGACUUGGCUUUGGUCGCAGGAACAAGUGAGCUCGCAGCAAGAUGAC